AUGGCUCAAGACUCAACAGAAAUUAAAGAAACUAUUGGAGCUCUUGACGAUUAUGUUCUUCUAGGACGUAGUGGUUUGAGAGUUUCUCCUCUAUGCCUUGGUACAAUGACUUUUGGCGAAAAAUUUGGAAUAGGUUCGAAUUUUGAGGAGUGUAAGAAUGUUUUCGACUAUUAUUAUGAAAAAGGUGGAAAUUUCUUUGAUACUGCUAACAUAUACAAUUUUGGUGAGAGCGAACAAUUUCUUAAAGAAUAUAUCGCUGAUAAACGUUCUAAUGUUGUACUCGCCACCAAAUAUACUAUGAAUUCCACCGCUAUGCUGCCAAAUGUCAGACUUAAUCCGAAUGGAGGUGGAAAUCACCGCAAAUCUCUUGUCGAAAAUCUCAAUGAAAGUCUUAAACGACUGGGCACUGGAUAUAUUGACCUUAUGUAUGUUCAUGCUUGGGAAUAUCGUACCCCUAUUGAAGAAGUAAUGCGUUCUUUAGAUGAUGCUGUUAGAAGUGGCAAGGUACUCUAUAUUGCGAUUAGUGAUACACCAGCAUGGGUAUUUAGUCGUGCAAAUACGAUGGCUGAAUUACGUGGUUGGAGUCGAUUUAUUGGAUUGCAAACACGAUAUAAUUUAUUAAAUAGAGAUUUGGAAUAUGAUUUACAAUCUGCUUGUGCUGAACUUGAUAUUGGAAUUAUUCCUUGGGCAUGUAUUGCUGAAGGUUUCUUGACUGGAAAAUACACCAGGGAAUCAAUUGCCAAUUCAGAUAAGAGCAAUAUGCGAGGUAAUCUAGUUGUUCGUCAUGCACAAAGUGAACAAAAUUGGAAAAUCCUUGAUGAAGUUAUGGCUAUUGCUGCCGAAACCAAGAGAAGUCCUGUUCAGUUAGAUGCUGUUUCAGCACCAAAAGAAGCACCAUUUCCGUAUACCGUACCUAGAAUGCUUGAAGGAUUUAUUGGCAAGGGGAUACAAACUCCUGAUAAAUUUAAACCCGUGUUAAAGAUGGGAUUACAAGGAGAAUUGUAG